AUGGCUACAGGAGGUGGAGAAGAAGCGACAGCACAGCGUAUUUUACGUAUUACAGAUAUAGCCCACGAGCCUCUUCGAUUGAUCGCGCCCAUUGGUGGCUACGAAGAAAUGCCAAUUGUUACGCUUGAAAAAGCUGUCGAACCGCUUGUUCCUGUUCUACCAGCUGUUCAAAGUUAUGCUUAUGUUGCCAAACAAAUGUGUGAGGAUCCUGCCGAUGGAUUGACACAAGAUGAAUCCGCCUCAAUUAUGUUAUACACGAUGGGAUGGGAACCACUAGAUAAAUGCCUUUAUUUUGUUUUGAAUGAUACAUUACGGUCAUCUGAACGGCAACAAAAGCUUAAACCAUGGUAUUUAUUUAUGAGACUGUUUCUAAGCGCACUUUUUCGUCUUCCAUCACUUACAAAAACUGCAUACAGAGGCGUUAAAUUAGAUUUGAGCAAGCGUUACAUUGAAGGAAAAACAAUCGUUUGGUGGGGUUUCUCUUCUUGUACAACGGUUGUUAAUGUUCUGAAUUCGGAUCAAUUUUUGGGAACAAAAGGUGAUCGUUCAUUGUUUACCUUACAUUGUCUAUCGGCUAAAGAUAUUCGUAAACAUUCGUAUUAUCCAGCUGAAGAUGAAGUACUUCUGAUGGCUGCUACACAAUUCAAAGUAAUUGGUUGUCUUAAUCAAGGUGAUCUUCAUAUUAUCCAAUUGGAAGAGACUCGUCCACCAUAUCCACUUUUAAUAUCAGUGCCAAUUGUUGCUCCACUACCGAUCAAUCCAACUUCCACAGAAGCCUCGAUAACGACUGCUGUUGUAACAACCGAAGCAAAAAAACAGACACAGUCCAGCAAAUCUCAAAAGGAUACAACUGCAGUAGCCGCAACUGCCAGUGCCAUUAACGUUGGUACCGGCUCCAUCAUGAAACAAGUCAGAAAAAAUCAUUAUAGAAAAUGGAUAUUCAUCAAAUAUCUUGUAUCUUUAGAUAUCUACCAUGGAAAUCAAAGCGUCGCCAAAUAA